UUGUCAGCUGUUGUCUCAAAUGCUUGUCGGACCCUCCUCACUGCUCUUUUACUCUGAUUAAACUCUGGACUGGACUGCUUCAUUGUCCUCCUUCCCUGUUUUCUGUUGAAAUCGAAAGAAAAACACGUAGGCAGAUUAUGGAGGGCAGUGACCAGACCUCUGAAAACGUCAAUGAACAAGUCAAUGACUCCGAGGAGCAGCAGGUGGACCCUAUGGAGGACUUCAGCAGGCAGCUAGAAGAUAUCAUCAACACGUAUGGGUCGGCAUCCAGUCUCAUGCAGGAGCAGAUCUCUAUCCUGGAGUCUGAGGAGGGGAAGGAGGAUGAGGAGGUGAAGGCUGAUGAAGAGUCUGAAUCCAAAGAAGUUGCUGCCGGUGCAGACAAAGAGCAGAAAACCGAGAAGAAACUUCUCAAGGGCCUGGGUAAAGAGGCCGCAUCCUUAUUGCAGAGUCUGAACAAGCUGGGCUCACCAGAAGAGAAGGUGGAAAUGGUGUUGAAGAAAUACAGUGAGCUGGUGGACGAACACAGGACUGAGAAGAAACAGCUGGAGCAGUUUCAGCAGAGACAGGGUCUUCUGGUCAAGCAAAGAGAUCAGCUUCAGUUUGAACACAGUCGUGCCAUUCUGGCCCGCAGCAAGCUGGAGACGCUCUGCAGGGAACUUCAGAGACAUAACAGGACACUGAAGGAAGAGAGUCUGCAGAGGCUGCGGGAGGAUGAAAUGAAGCGGAAGGAGAUCACCACUCAUUUCCAGAGCACACUGGUGGACAUUCAGAGUCAGAUCGAGCAACACAGCAACCGCAACAACAAGCUGUGCAAGGAGAACAGCGAAUUGGCCGGCAAACUCAAGACCAUUAUAGAGCAGUACGAGCGGAGAGAGGAGAGUUUAGAGAAGAUCUUCAAGCACAGAGACCUACAGCAGAAACUGUCUGAUGCCAAGCUGGAAGAAGCCAACAUGCUGCUCACUCAAGCUGAAGAGAAGCACAAGAGAGAGAAGGAAUAUUUGCUUAAAGAGGCUAUUGACAAAACAAAGAAAUACUGCACACUGAGGGAGCAGGAAUUACAGAUGAAGAAACAGCUUGUGUUGUACUCCCAGAAGUUUGAUGACUUCCAGAACACUCUGGCGAAAAGCAACGAGAUUUACGUCACCUUCAAACAGGAAAUGGAUAAGAUGACAAAGAAGAUGAAAAAGCUGGAAAAGGAGUCCACUACAUGGAAAACGCGGUUUGAAAGCUGCAACAAAGCGCUUGUGGAAAUGAUUGACGAGAGAUCAGAAAAGGCCAAAGAGUUUGAGCUCUUCACACUGAAAAUCGACCGUCUGGAGACCCUCUGUCGAGCACUGCAGGAUGAAAGGAAAGGUUUGUACACCAAAAUUAAAGAGAUCCGGUUCCCAGAGAAGAUGACGGCAGCACCUGUGGUGGACAUACCACCGAUAGAUGAACUUCCAGAGCUCGUCCAGACUCCCAAUCCCAUGUUGACUGCAGAGAUGGAGAAGCUGCGAGCAGAACAGGCCCGUCUGCAGGAUUUUGCAGCUUCAUUGCUAAGUCCCAUACCAGAUGCUGCAGGAGAAUCUGAUAGCGAGGAUGAGGAGAAAGAAAAAGAGAUUCCAACAAUUGCUGAGGCUCAGUCCAUCAAACCAACAGAUCAACUGGAAUCAACACAAGAGCUAUCCUCUACCACAAAAGUAAUUGAAGAGAAGCCCACAGCCACCAAACCUGAGAUGGAUUCCAAACUUCCUGAAGCUCCCCAGCUUGAGCCAAUCAAACCAGCAGAUCAACUGAGAUCCAGACUAGAUGAAUCCUCUACCAUAAAAGUUGCGAUUACUGAAGAGAAGCCCACAAAUCCUGAAGUCACCAAACCUGAGACGGAAUCUAAAAUUCCUCAAGAGCCUCUUCCAACAGACACCAAACCAGUGGAUGAAGUGAAAUCAACAGAAGAAAAAUCUAUCACAGAAGAGCUGAAACCAGAGGUUGCUGUAAACACAAUGAAGCCUUUAGUACCAACCAAUCUUGAAGCUGCCAAAUCUGAGAUGGAAUCCAAACUUCUACAAGAGACUCCCAAACCAGUGGAUAAACCCCAAUCGACACAAGUUGAAUCCUGUACCACUGAGAAACAGAAUGCAGAGAAGCCAUCGAUACCAACAAGUCUUGAACCCACCAAACCUGAGAUGGAAUCCAAACUUCCUCAAGAGACAGGAAAACCAGAGUCUGCCAAAGAGGAACCAAGACAGGAAGAGGUGAAAAAAGUAGAAGACAAGGUCAAACAGGAAUCCACUCAGCCAAAGCCUGACGUGAAAGAAGAGAGCAAAGAUGAAGCUGUUAAAUCUGAGGUACCUGAACCGGAGCCACCCAAACAAGAGACCCUCAAGGAAGAGGACACUCAGAAAGCCACAGCUGUAUCUGAGGGAGCCAAAGCAUCAGCGACAAAACCCAAAGCCCCAAAAUCCCAAGAUGCCAAAGCGAAGGCCGGCAAAGCCCAGCCUAAAAAACAAGCUUCUGCUAAGAAGAAAAGUGCUGCCAAGGGCCCAAAUAAAAGCUAAGCUGAAAUAAAUUAUACGAGAAGAUAAUUAUUUUUUUUAAAUGAUUUGAAGAUCAGUCUGUUUUUGUAGUUAGACCUGCGUCUUGCCUUUAGCUGGUUAUAUGUUACAUACUGAAGAUAAUAGACUGGUCGUAGACUUCUUUCUUUUAAGAAAGUUUACUUCAAUGAUGAAGUCCUGGUUUUCUGAAUGUAAUAUGGAUUUUUUUUUUGUACGGACUUCUCUCGGCACCCACAAAUAAACAUCUACUUUUGACGAUUCUACCAAAUGUGCUCAUUCCAAGACAUUAGUUAUAUGGGUCUUAUUUAUUGACAUUACUUAAUGGGUUAGUUCACCCAAUUAUUACUUACUCUCAUGUAAUUGCAAACCCCUGAGACCUUUAUUUUCAGAGCACAAAUUUAGAUAUUUUGGAUGAAAUCAGAGAACAUUGACAAGCUUCUCGACUCCUUUGAAAGUCCAGAAAAGUACCAAAAAGCAUCCUCAAAACAGUCCAUAUGGCUUCAGUGGUUCAAUCACAAUAUUAUCAAACUACAAAAGCACUUUUGUAAGCACAUAUAAAAAAACAUAACGGCUUUAUUGAACACUUUCUCCUCAGCGAGGAACAGCGGGGAAAAUAAUUAUUGAACAUGUCAUGUUUUUUCUUGGGAAUUAUAUUUCUAAAGCAGCUGUUGACAUUGAAUUGAACUAGAAAAAAACUAGAAAACUAGAAACAAAAAAAAAAACUAGAAAAAAAAAACAAUACAAGCAUAAAAAUAAAACAAACCAAAAAAAAAUCUGAAAAAUGAGUUAUGUUUGAUAACAAUGAAAUGACACAAGGAGAAAGUACCGAACUACUGAAACGGAUUUAAUACUUUAUAUAAAGGGCUUUUUUGGUGAUGGCAGCUUAAAGACGCCAUAUGGAGAAUGAACUGCUCAGGCGUGAUUUUUUUCACAGACUUCAACAGAGUGUAAAAAUCCUGAUGGUUCUGUGGGUCUUGUCUAUCAAAUUUGAUCUUUAAUUUGUAUUUUCUAUUGGAUUCAAUUCAGGUGAUUGGCUGGGCCAUUCUACAGCUUGAUUUUUUUUCACUGAAAGCAUCUGAGAGUUUCCUUGACUGUGUUUUGGACCAUUGUCUUGCUGAAAUGUCCACACUGGUUUCAUCUCCAUCAUCCUGAUCAUGUAGAUGUUGAACUGAAGCAGCUAAUAUUAUUUUACAAUGAGGAAGGGCAGAGGGUUGCUGAAUAACUACUGAGUGAUUUCAGCUGCUGUCUGGGCUUUCACUACCUUUCUACACUUCUCUUUCUUCAUGUGUUCAAUACUUUUUCCUGUGUCAUUUCAUUUAAUUGCACAUAACAUGAUUUGUAAACUAAUUAGAUUUGUUUUCUUUGCAUAUAUGGGUUUAUUUGGUUGUCAUCAACAUCCAGGGAAAAUUUCAAGUCAAUAGUACCUUCAGAAAUAUGUUUUCUGAGAAAAAUGGUGACAUGUUCAAUACUUAUUUUCCUCCCUGCUUGCCGCUGUGACUUAUACCCCCCAGAUGCCCACACACAACAUCCUUGCAUCUGAAGUAAUACUGUAUGUCAUAACAGCACAUAAUAUGUAAAUACAUGCCCUAUACUUAUAUAAAGUAGUUAUUUUUGUGCUCACAAAAGAAAUCUUGUAGCUUGGCAAUUUACCGGUUGAACCAUUGAAGCCAUAUGGUCUCUUUUGAGGAUGUUGUUUGGUAUGCUGUUCUGGACUUUUGAACAUCUCAGGAACAUUGCUGUCUAUGUAUGAUGACUGAAAUCUCAGAAUAUCUUAAUUUGUUUUACGAUGAUGAAUAGACUCAGCAGUUUGGAACGACAUGAGGAUGAGUAAUUAAUAGCAUAAUGUUCAUUUUUGGGUGAACUAACACUUUAAUAUGUUAACUCAUUUGAACUAAUUGUGAGUAUCUUUUUACAGCAUUUAUUAAACAUUGUGAAUGUUAGCCAUUACAAAUUCAGUUGUUUAUUGUUUGUACAUGCUUUCAGUGUUACAAAUAUGUCUUUUAAUUAUGAAAUUGAUCGAACUAAGAUUAAUGGCAACGCUUUCAAAUACUGGUGUGCCAAUAUACAUUCAUUCAAAGUAAAGCACAGACACCCGCUUCGAAUCUUAUCACUUGAUUGAAUGGGCAUCAUCAGUAGCUAUCAGCUGAUGGGCCAGUAGGCUCAGAAGGCUGUUAUCAUCCAUCCACAUGGUUAAUCAGCUAUACUAAUAGAGAAGACUCCAGAUCAAGAUCUGUUUUUACAUUACUGUGACAGUUGGGUUUAGGCUUGGGGUUGGGGUAGACGUUUCUAAAAUACAAUUAAUCGGUAAUUUAAUAAAUAAUAUAAAUAAUUCUGGUGAUUAACCAGCUAUACUAAUAUGAAGACUCCAGAUCCAGAUCUUUUUUUACAUUACUGUGAUGGUUGGGUUUAGGGUUAGAGUAGGGGUAGACGUUUAUAAAAUACAAUUAAUGAAAAAUGUAAUAAAUAUUAUAAAUAAUUCUCGUUAACUUCUGGCCGCAGCCGUAUGUGAUCUAUAGCUGAUUAACCAUGCGGAUGGAUGCAAACAGCCUUCUGAGCCAACCAGUGGGUGCAUAAGGCCCCUACUUGGCCCAUAUCUAUCAGCUGAUAACGCCCAUUCAGUCGAGUGAUGACAUUCGAAUCGGCUAGCACAGAUCAUGAGAUACCAGAUUAUGCAAAAGGAACUAAAACAUUCAUUAACGAUUGGCACAUCCGUCUAUCUGAUUAAUAGAUUAAGGAAUAUAUGAAUUGCUGUGAAUUAAAUGUGUUGAUGUACUGAUUCUUUAUCUAAACAUAGAAUUGACUAAUUGUGUAAAUUAAGCAUUAAUUAUGACAAUACAUUUUGAACAUCCAGUUGUCUGCUUGAAUUAAUUACUAGUUAAUACUUUGCAAAUGUAUUACUUUUCUAUAGGUCACACUUUAUUUUAAUGUACAAUUCACUCUAUUUAUAAACUAUUUACUAUUUACAUUUAGCUCAAUAACCUUUUACCAAUCACCUUUAGCUCAAUAAACUACUGUUUAGCUACUUAAUAAUAGUUAGUCGGGAAGCAGUUGGGUUUAGAUAUUGGGUAGGUUUAGAAAUGUAGAAUAAGAAUAUACUUUAUACGCACUAAUAAAUAGCCAAUAUCUUAGUAGGCAGGUAAUGAGCCAGUACUUAAACUAAAGUGUUACCUUUUUAUAUUAUGAUUUUACUUGUUGAGCCACAUGACUUUAACUUAUUACAGUGUGUGUUAAUAAAUAUUAUACAAGUCA